AUGAUCGAGGUGUUGGCCAAGCUGGGCCGCGGGCCUGUCUUCCUGGCAGGGGAGGUGCUGGAGUGCGUGAUCACUUUCACCAACCCAUUAUCGGCCUCGUCUACCUCCGCCAGCAGUGAGAUGCUGGCGUGGGCCAGCGCCCAGAUCCACUGCCAGUUUCACGCCAGCGAGAACCGGGUAGCACUCCCUCCCUCUGAUGGCAGCAAGCACGACGUGCAGGCAGAGAACGAGACAGUCUUCGUCCCCAACAGAGGAGAGCGGGGUCAGUGUAUCCUGUCCACUCCACCAAAGAUUCUCUUCUGCGACUUGCGCCUGGAUCCUGGGGAGUCAAAGUCCUAUUCGUACUGUGAGACGCUGCCCAUAGACGGCCCUCCCUCUUUCCGAGGACAGUCGGUGAAGUACGUAUACAAGCUGACCAUCGGCUGCCAGCGUGUCAACUCCCCCAUCAAGCUCCUGCGUGUUCCCUUCCGUGUCCUUGUGCUGCAUGGGCUCAAGGAUUACCAGUUCCCACAGGAUGAGGCUGUUGCGCCCUCAAACCCCUUCCUGGAGGAGGAGGAGGGCUUGAAGAAAGACUCUCGCCUGGCGGACCUGGCGACAGAACUGCUCAUGGUGGCCACCUCUCGACGCAGCCUGCACCUGUAUAACAUAAGCAACACUCGUGGGAAGGUGGGGACGUUCUGCAUCUUUAAGACCGUGUAUAAGAUCGGAGAGGAUGUCAUUGGGACCUUUAACUUCUCAGAAGGAGACAUCCCGUGUCUGCAGUUCUCUGUGAGCCUGCAGACGGAGGAGAGCAUCCAGGAGGAGUUCCAGCGCCGGCGGGGGCAACCCGUCUCCUUCAGCACGCACGCCCGCCAUCAGGAAGCCUGCCUGCACACGGCCCAGAGCAGCUUCAGCCUGCCCAUCCCGCUCAGCUCUACUCCGGGAUUCACCACCAACAUCGUGUCCCUGAAGUGGAGGCUGCACUUUGAGUUUGUGACCUCCGGGGAGUCGGCGGGGACUUGCUUCGUUCGUGGGAGCCAGUCAGAGGCCGUCACCUGGACUGGGGUGGAGCAGAUGGAAGUGGACACUUUCAGCUGGGACUUGCCGAUCAAAGUCCUUCCCACCAACCCCAUCCUGGCUUCCUACGUAUCUCAGUUCUCCAGCACAAACUCCAUCACCAUCUGA